AGCUUUACAAGGAACUGCUGAAAAAUUACAACCCUCUGGAGCGACCAGUUGCAAAUGAUUCCCAGCCACUCACCGUCUAUUUCACUCUCAGCCUCAUGCAGAUCAUGGAUGUGGUAUUAAAGAGAAGUGGGGACCAUAUGGAUUUUUAGGGAAAGUUGAAAAUGAAGACCCUGUAAAAGAGGACUCUCAAACCUGUCACACAGAGGAUGUAGGGAUGAAAAGAAUCAAGUGUUAACAACAAACAUCUGGCUACAAAUGUACUGGACAGAUCAUUAUCUGCAGUGGAAUGUGUCUGAAUACCCAGGAGUGAAGAAUGUCCGUUUUCCUGAUGGACUGAUUUGGAAGCCAGAUAUUCUUCUCUAUAACAGUGCUGAUGAAAGAUUUGAUGCUACAUUUCACACUAAUGUUUUAGUCAAUUCUUCAGGACAUUGCCAAUAUCUGCCACCAGGCAUAUUUAAAAGCUCAUGCUACAUAGAUGUGCGCUGGUUUCCAUUUGAUGUUCAGAAGUGUAACCUGAAAUUUGGAUCCUGGACUUACGGAGGCUGGUCCUUGGACUUACAAAUGCAAGAAGCGGAUAUAUCUGGCUAUAUUUCAAAUGGAGAGUGGGAUUUAGUAGGAGUUCCUGGGAAGAGAACUGAGAGUUUUUAUGAAUGUUGUAAGGAACCCUACCCGGAUGUAACAUUCACAGUAACUAUGAGACGUAGGACUCUCUAUUACGGACUCAAUCUUCUUAUUCCGUGUGUAUUGAUAUCGUCACUUGCUUUGUUAGUUUUUCUGCUUCCAGCAGACUCGGGAGAAAAGAUCUCACUAGGUAUAACAGUUUUAUUGUCUCUCACUGUCUUCAUGUUACUUGUGGCUGAAAUUAUGCCAGCAACAUCUGAUUCUGUGCCCUUAAUCGCUCAGUAUUUUGCCAGCACUAUGAUUAUUGUUGGUCUUUCUGUUGUUGUCACUGUUAUCGUUCUACAAUACCAUCAUCAUGAUCCAGAUGGGGGGAAAAUGCCUAAAUGGACAAGAAUCAUCCUUCUCAACUGGUGUGCUUGGUUUCUGAGAAUGAAAAGACCAGGGGAAGAUAAAGUGCGUCCUGCCUGUCAACAUAAACAACGUCGAUGUAGCCUGUCAAGUGUGGAGAUGAACACUGUGAGUGGACAGCAGUCCAGUAAUGGGAAUAUGCUGUACAUUGGGUUUAGGGGGCUGGAAGGGGUUCACUGCACACCUACCACUGAUUCAGGGGUGAUCUGUGGGAGGAUGACCUGCUCACCAACAGAUGAAGAAAACCUGCUGCACAGUGGCCACCCCUCUGAAGGUGACCCAGAUUUGGCUAAGAUCUUGGAAGAGGUCAGGUACAUUGCAAACCGAUUCAGAGACCAGGAUGAAGUGGAAGCCGUUUGCAAUGAGUGGAAGUUUGCAGCCUCUGUAGUAGAUCGGCUCUGCUUGAUGGCUUUUUCAGUCUUCACAAUUAUUUGUACAAUUGGUAUUUUAAUGUCAGCACCAAACUUCGUAGAGGCUGUGUCUAAAGAUUUUGCUUAACUCCUAACUACAGUCUUGAUUCUCUGAAGUAUGAUAUGUAGCAAAUAAGAGCGUGUUUUUGUUUGAUUGCUUGUUUUUAAUGAGUAUACUGCUUCUCAUUGUCUGCUUUCUUUUGCCCCCUCUCUGGUCCUGAGUUCCUUUUGGAAGAGUGGCACCAUUUCAGAAGGGAAGCCAAGGAUUUCUCCCUGGGCUGCCUGUGUGCAGCUCCUCUGAGUGCUCUUCUGUGGGAGAGGCGAAGUGGCUGCAAGUCCCUUCAGAAUGACAGGGCAUUGCACCACUGUCUUUUACACAUUUUUGAACUAUUACAAAAUAACAGGUAGGCAAUGCCAGCAAUGUCACUUCUUCCAGGCUUUGUUAUAAAAGAUAGAAGGUGGUCCAUCUUAAUUAUUUGAAUGAGUGAUCAUAAACACUUAUGUUUAGGAGAAGAUUAAAUCCAAGUAGAUAGAAGCUCAAACAGCAGAGAGAAAAGGGAAAAAAGUUUGCUUUUUCAGUUACUGCUUCUUACUGAGUUGUGGUAUGUAGCUCUCCAGCUCACUCAUAACCAGUCAGACCAUAACUCCCUCCAUGCAUUUUAGAUAGAGCAUAUGUGACUACAGAAUUCUGAAUUUGAGACACCACAAACCUGAAAGUUAAGAUGAUACACCACAUAACUCAUCCUUCUCUGUCUUUCUGGAUUUGACCUGGAACUUUGGCCUGAAUUCUUAAAUAGGCUUGACAGUAGUUUUGCAAUGUUUACCACUUCUUCCUUCUCUACAGUAAGACAUUCUUUCAACUGGUGACCUUUUUAACUAUCAAAAAAAAAAAAAAGAGAAGAUUUAUGAUGCUUUUAUCCUCACUUGUUUAAAAAAAAUAAAU